AUGCGCCCCCCGCCCGCGCUGGCCCUGGCCGCGCUCUGCCUGCUGGCGCUGCCCGCCGCCGCCGCCGCCUACUUCGGCCUGACCGGGCAGGAGGUCCUGACACCCUUCCCAGGGCUGGGCACCGCUGCGGCCCCAGCACAGAGCGGGGCCCACCUGAAGCCGUGUGACCUGCUGAAGCUGUCCCGCCGACAGAAACAGCUCUGCCGGAGGGAGCCCGGCCUGGCCGAGACCCUGCAGGACGCUGCUCACCUCAGCCUGCUCGAGUGCCAGUUUCAGUUCCGACAUGAGCGCUGGAACUGCAGUCUGGAGGGGAGGACAGGCCUGCUCAAGAGAGGUUUCAAGGAGACGGCCUUCCUGUAUGCAAUGUCCUCCGCUGCCCUCACCCACACUCUGGCCCGGGCCUGCAGCGCCGGGCGCAUGGAGCGCUGCACCUGUGAUGAUUCUCCGGGCCUGGAGAGCCGGCAGGCCUGGCAGUGGGGCGUGUGCGGCGACAACCUCAAGUACAGCACCAAGUUCCUGAGCAACUUCCUGGGGCCCAAGAGAGGAAGCAAAGACCUGAGGGCACGGGCGGACGCUCACAACACCCACGUGGGCAUCAAGGCAGUGAAGAGUGGCCUCAGGACCACAUGUAAGUGCCACGGUGUGUCGGGCUCCUGUGCCGUGCGCACCUGCUGGAAGCAGCUCGCCCCGUUCCGCGAGACGGGCCAGGCGCUAAAACUGCGUUAUGACUCAGCUGUCAAGGUGUCCAGUGCCACCAACGAGGCCUUGGGCCGCCUGGAGCUGUGGGCGCCCGCCCGGCCAGGCAGCCCCACCAAGGGCCCGGCCCCGCGGCCCGGGGACCUGGUCUAUAUGGAAGACUCGCCCAGUUUCUGCCGGCCCAGCAAGUACUCGCCCGGCACGGCGGGCAGGGUGUGCUCCCGGGAGGCCAGCUGCAGCAGCCUGUGCUGCGGGCGGGGCUACGACACCCAGAGCCGCCUGGUGGCCUUCUCCUGCCACUGCCAGGUGCAGUGGUGCUGCUACGUGGAGUGCCAGCAGUGCGUGCAGGAGGAGCUCAUGUACACCUGCAAGCAUUAG